UUCAAAAUCUGCUUUAACCAUCUUCAGAGCUCCUUCACAUUCGAGAAACGUCAAAGCGAGCGAUACGAGUUCUCUCUCUCUCAUCUCAACUUUCUCGAACAAUGGCUAGGGUUCCGAGCAAGCACGGUCGCGAUCAAGCUCUGGAUUUCGAGGGGUUUUUGAACGACUUGCAGGAUUGGGAGCUGUCGCGCCAGGACAAAGACAAGAAACUGAAACCUGAGGCUACUGGCAAGCAAAAGUUGGAGCGCCCUAUGCAAAGGGGUGGCGUGAGUAAUGCAAAUCAGAAGAUUGGAAUGACCAGUGAGGACAAAAGAAUUAUGGGGAAAACAUCCUCUGCUGAUUAUUCAAGUACUGCAAGACAUGAUUACUCGGGAAAUCUUGAUUCAAUCGGCAAUUUUUCAAGCAGUUUCAUGACUGAAGAGAGUUCUCCUGAUGCUGCUUCAGAGAAAGAGCUGGGUAACGAGUAUUUCAAGCAAAAGAAGUUUAAAGAAGCAAUUGACUGCUAUUCUAGGAGCAUUGCACUAUCACCAACAGCAGUAGCUUAUGCAAAUAGAGCUAUGGCUUAUCUUAAAAUCAAGAGAUUCCAAGAGGCUGAGGAUGACUGUACAGAGGCCUUAAAUUUGGAUGAUCGUUACAUUAAAGCAUAUUCACGCCGAGCAACAGCUAGAAAAGAACUUGGGAAACUUAAAGAAUCCAUUGAGGAUGCUGAGUUUGCACUGAGAUUGGAGCCUCAGAACCAAGAGAUUAAAAAGCAGUAUGCUGAAUCCAAAUCUUUAUAUGAGAAGGAGAUUUUUAGGAAGGCAUCUGGAGCUUUUAAAAGUUCAAAAGGAGUACAAAGUGCAGGAAAGCCAAAGGUGGGAGUGAAUGGACAUGUUCAACCUGUCUCAAGUGGUUCUCCAAGGACUAGAGUGGCUCCAAUUCAGGAGGAUCUUACUGAGGGCAUCGGUAGACAAGCUCCUGUGGAUACAUCUGUGUCUAUAGAGGACUCUACUAGUAAUAAUAUGAUAACCGAUGGAGAGAAAGGAGCUGUUUCUCAUGAAGGGGGCAUCCAAAACUCCUUGGAGAUUGUUAAGAAAAAUCAAAGAACUGGCAAACAAGAAUUAAUGGCAUCAUUGGAAGAGCUUGCUUCUCGAGCAGCUUCUCGGGCUAAUGCUGAAGCUGCAAAAAACAUCACGCCACCAAAUUCUGCUUAUCAAUUUGAGGUUUCUUGGCGAGGACUUUCUGGUGACCGUGCACUACAGACUCGCUUAUUGAUGACUAUAUCACCAGUUGCAUUACCACGGAUAUUUAAGAAUGCCUUGUCUGCUCCGUUACUAAUUGACAUUAUUAAGUGCAUCGCCACAUUUUUCAGUGAAGAAAUGGAUUUGGCUAUCAAAUAUUUAGAAAAUUUGACCAAAGUGUCAAGAUUUGACAUGCUCAUCAUGUGUCUUUCAUCCAAUGACCGGGCUGAUCUUGUCAAGAUAUGGGAUGAAGAAUUUUGUAGCAAGGCAGCCUCAACUGUGUACUCGGGUAUUCUUGCUGAACUGCGCCCAAGAUACGGCCUUAAAGAAUGAUAUGGGAGUGCGCUUCAGAUUGGUAUGAAACCGCAAAUGUUUUGUCAUUUCUGAAUCAUACUCCUUGUAAAUCAGUUAAUGUAAAAUGCUAUAAGAUGUUAAACUCUACCAACUAUCCAAUUUUAAAGCACUUUUUUACUGAGGUA